AUGACAAUGGUUGCUUCCUCGCCUCUUCCAUUAACUACAAAUAUGGGUUGUGCAUCGUGUCGGCAACUUCAUGCAGAUAUAAAGGACUGUGUUGCACAACUAUCCGAUAAGUUGGAUCAGUUACGUGUGCGGGUUGAAACAUUAUUUGCGCUGAGGCAACCUGGAUAUGGAGUUGAUGUAGCGGUGAGCGCCGAUGAUGAUAAAAGUACGGCCGAGAGAUCGAUAACUCUGAAAGAUGAAGUGGUCUCGGAAUGUGGAACAGAAGAAAAAGAGACACCAUCACCUUCACUGCUGGAAAAUAGUGAUACAACAGUAGGAAACGCUGAAAGAUUUUUAAUUCAAAGUAAUACUCAUAAAGAAUGGCUCAGUCGUUCAAUUUUUAGUGAGAUGACGCCAACCGAUAAUCAAAAUCAUGCACUGAGCGGUAGCAGGAAACGAAAACCAAACAGGGAAGCAGUACACAGAGUAGAGAAGGUUAACAGCAAUAACAAUUUGCUUGCUCAGAAUCUGAAUACAUGUCUUGGAUUUGCCCGUACGUUGGAAAUCGAUUUACUGCAGGAUUCAGUUGCAAAUCAAAAGCCAAUAGAAGGAGCCGUUAAGACUGAUGGUUUUAUGUAUCCAGCAGCAGCACUUUUUGACUCUUUUUCAUUGGCCGCAAAUUUCAUGGCCAGUGGGGGAGCGAAUGCAGCGACGCAGCAAAACAUUCUUUCAAUGCUGUGCCAGCAACCAGCCACAGCCCAUCCUCCCACUUCAUCUACACCAAAUAGCACAGAAGAUGGUGUGAAUGACCUCGUCAUGGAAGAGGAAGAAGAUACAAGUAAUACUAGUAACAAUUCUCCAUCAAUGUCGCGAUGCAGUAAUUGUUUGACGACAAAAACGACAGCUUGGAGGAGGGAUCAGACUGGUAAAUUAGUAUGCAAUGCGUGCGGCCUUUAUUACCGUUUACAUAGGACAAAUCGACCGGUACAUAUGCGAAAGGAUAUCAUUCAACAGCGAUUCAGACGCCGUGUCAAAGAAGAGGAUGCUGCAUCUGCUAAUCCACAGUCGGUCCUUUCGUCACUAAUUUCCAUUUCACCUUCUGCUGCAGCUACAUUUGCACUUCUAGAACAACAGCAUAAUACAUUGCAAGGGAAUCUCAAUGGACAACCGUUAUUUGAACAACAGAAUGCAUUACAAGCCCAGAAUCAAGCGGCACCGAUUUGA